UCGAUCAUUCCCAUCCCAUAUGCAUACAUUCACUGUGGAAGGUGCGAAAACGGCCGACAUGCAAUACCUUUGCCCUGUUGUGUCGUGCAGCGGCAAGCCGCUCGUGAACUUCAUGGCCGGGGGCGCCAAUGGUGCCCUGCUGUACGCCACCGUCGCACGUGACGGGUCGGUCCGAGACACGGCGGACGUCGUGUACCAUAGGUGGCGGGCCAUCAUCUUGUCCUUUCCUGCAAAGGACGUGAUAGGCUUCUGCACAGACUCCGCCAGUAACUAUACGGCGGCAGCGCGCAGGUUCGCCACAAACCCCGAGCCUGACAUCAGGAGGAUCACUUGGCUCCCCUGCUCCACCCAUGUCUGCAACUUGAUGUUGUCAGAUAUCGGGACGCGAGUGGUGUGGGUCAAGGAGACCGUCAUCCGCGCUCGAGCGCUUGUGCGAUUUAUUAAAUCGCACGGCACUGCUCACGCCCUGUUUAGGAAGGUGAGCCCUCGCGUUCAGCUCGUCGAGCCCGUUGAGACACGGUUUGCAUCGGUUUUCCUGAUGCUGACGUGUCUCAAAGGCCGACGAGACGCGUUGGAGAGCAUGUUGCACGGGGACGCUUGGGCACGCAUCCCAUGGGAUCGCGCCCAGGUAUCUCAGGCGCAGUGGGUGCAGCAGCAGAUCCGGGACGAAGAGUUUUGGCAGCGUGUCCAUUACGCCAUCCUAGUCAUGUCGUCCGUCCACCAGCUAUUGCGCAGGAUGGAUAGAGGUGGGAUGAUGAUGUUCGUCGUUUACGAGUGGAGUCAGCAUCUGCUGCAGUUGAUGAGGAAGGUCGAUGCGCCGACGGACAUGAUCGAGCCGUGCGUGCGUGAGGUUGCCAUCCGCAACCUCCACAUGCUAGAGCCCGCACAUGCCGCGGCUCACCUCCUCAACCCUCGCCGACGGUCCCUCACGUAUUACCAUUCGCUGCAGACGACCGCCGACGACCGCCUUGUGGUCGAGGAGUGCGACAGAUUUCUCCUGGCGCAGACCGGCGGCGAUCCAGUCGGGUUAUUGUACAGGACCGUGAGGGACCAGAUGAGGGCGUUCCACUCGAGGCGAGGGGAUUGGGGAGAUCGUGAGCUCUCCGAUGCCGAGGCGGCAGAUUGCAGGGGGGACAGCGAGACCGAGCGAUGUGCAGCGUGGUGGUUCAAGCAUGGACGUGCCCACCCGGAGUUGCGCAUCAUCGCCAUCCGUGUCAUGCACUUGUGGACGUUUGCCUCGCCAGCGGAGAGGAACUGGGCGGAGCACGAGUGCGUCAGCACGGCAAGGCGCUGCAAGCUUGGGUUCGCCAAGCUUGCACAGCUGGUUGAGAUUGCCACCAAUCUCAAACUGGCCUCCGGUCAGGGGGGGACGGCGGCAGAGGAGGAGGAUGAGGAGGGAGAUGUGGAGCCCGAGGUGUGGGGAGCGCGACCUGAUGGUUGUGUUCCCGAGCAGGAGAUCCAGCGGAAGAUUGUCGCUUUCCGUGACAGCCGACCGUCCAGAGCCCGUUUGGUUCGGGACGUGUUCGGCAGCAGAGCGACAGAGCUGCGACCGUGGCCGGAGGGUGGGGAUGAUGUGGACGCUGCUGCGGCAGACGAUGACAUCGACAACGACUGGCUUGACGAUGAUGACACGCCGCUGAGUCGCGGCCCGACGGCUGAGCGAGUGUACUUCACUUACGGUGGGGGUCGUGACGGCACAGAUUCAUUCACAUCAAUUAUCACUGGUGUUGUGUCGUUAACCGCACCGGCGAGUGGCAGCAGCAGAGCCGGCGGUGGUCAUGGAGGACAUUCGCAUACGGAGGUUCGCGUGGACGACUCGGGGGAGCAGCAGCCACGGGGAGGUCUUCGGCAGACAGGCAGGCGUUGGGAGGUUAGGAGCGACAGCGAGGCCGAGGAGGAGGCCGAGGAUGAGCAGGAACCCCUUUGCAAUCGUCGCUUCUCUCCCUCCCAUCAUCCGAUCUCUGCACAGCUCGAGGGGGAGCCACUCAGGCGUUCGAAGAGGUUGGCGUCGGCAGCAGGUAGAGACCGGACACAUGACGGCGAGGAUCGUGGAGGGGAGAGGACUCCUUCCGACGCCCGUAUCCGCCCCCCCUCGCCGUCGGUGCUCCGCACACAGGACUUCGAGGACAUAGGGCUUGGUGGGAGCUUGGCAGAUUUGAGAGUCAACGGACGUCGAUGUGGCUCACCGCAGGAUGUGCGCACAAACGCGGAUGUUGGGCGGGGCCCUGUUGAGACUGAGGAGGAGAGGGAUGCCCGUUUGGACCGAGAGGAGGAGGAGCGGCUGAGGAGUUUGCCACAGUGGGAGGGUCGGUUCGCGUAUCUCGACGAGCAGCGUCGGCAGAGGGACUUGGAGACAGGAGGGGAGGAGAGCCAUGACGUCGACGACUUGGGUGUCCUUGAGAAGGCGGUUCAGGGGGAGUUCGAUUAUGAGGGGCAGGAUGCCGCAGCGGGUGUCCCUGAGGGGCAGGAUGUUGUCAUGGGCGGUGGGUCCCCUAGUGGGGGCCGUGGCGACAGCGAGACCGCAGGUGAUGAGGGACAUGGUGCCGCAGUGAGCGGCAGAGGAGAGGGUGGACCCGGUGGAGAUGGGGAUACCGCGGGUGUCGGUGGAGACGAUGGACCGGACGGCGACGAUGAUGACGACCACGGUUCGGAGGACGAUCCGUAUAGGCUCGCCUUGAUUUCGAGGGACCCCACAGUGCCUCCCAUGCGCCCGGACGGCACAGCGCACACUUUCUUCGACGCCGACGCCGACGCUUUGGCGCAUGCGUUGACGGAUGACCCUUUCGCACACCUGAGCCGCAAGAGCGGCAAGCAGCGGACCCCAAGGAGGGUAUAUUCACUGCCGCUGUUCACAGUCCAGAGCCCUCACUGGUCGGGUUCGUCGCUCAGCGGCGUUAGAGGGAGGGAGUCCGGUGCGGGUGAGGUGGGGUCCGGCAGACGCAGCGACGGUGGCAGAGAUAGUGCCGGAUCGAUGCCUUCACCACCCGCAUGGACUCCGGAGGGCAGGGUCGACACUGGGGAUCGGACGGUGGCACCCGGAGUUGCGCACAGUGGCGGUUCCCCGCAGCCGAUGGCAGGCCGCAUGCUUGGUUUGUCACGAGCGGAGACGAGGAGGACAUUGGUCCUCGAGGCCCCAGGGACAUCCACGGACAGGCUGCGGGGAGAGCAGUUCACAUCGGGCGAGGAGGGGUUGUUGAUGCGUCUCGGGACGAGACAACAGCAUGGCCUCUCAGAGGUUGAGGCUCGACUCGCUGCAGGGGUCGCCGCUGGGCAGGCAGCGUUGGACGCGAUUCAGAGGGAGAGAGAGAGGGGGAUUGCUGCACAGGCGGAGGAGGACGAGGACGCAGACACUGAGUCCGAGUCGAUCGAGACUGCGGCCCGCAGACACAGGGCACAGGUGGCCUCGGCGGCCGCUGCAACACAUGCGGCAUACGUCAGUGGGGCACGGGGCACAGGUGCCGGAGGGAGAGGAGGGCGCCGGGGAGGAGCGCAUGGCCGCACGUCCUCAGGGAGAGGCCGCCCGUGCUCAGGUGGGAGAUGACGACGUCCGUGGUGUUUUUUUGCUACUCGGUUGUACAAUACAGACGACGCCCGACGACGGGUCCAAUUUUUUUUUGGUACUCUGUUGUGUAGCAGAGACGAUGGGUCCAGUUUUUUUUCGUACUCGGUUGUACAUUAGGGUUUUCAUUUAUUUUUUUUCGUACUCGGUUUUCAUUAGAGACGAUGUGGACAUUAGGGUUUUCUUUUUUUUUUUCCUACUCGGUUGUACAGUAGAGACGACGCCCGUCGACGGGUCCAGUUUUUUUUUUGCUACUCUAUUGUGUAGAAGAGACUACGGGUCCAGUUUUUGGCUUCAGCCUUGUACAUACGCAUUUCCAUUGAAAUGCUUUGUCAUAUAUUUGCUCUUGUUCUUGUUCCUCCACCAACAUUGGUCUUGCAUUUGAGUCGCCGUUGUUUGGUGAUUGUUUUCUGCUCUGUUGUUGUGAUUGUUGCAAAUUAUGUGUUUCUCCGAUGCCACACACCUGCAUGUCAUGGAUGCCUCCAUUAUGAAUGUGCUGUUAAUUUCAUAUGCGACAUAGGGAUGAUGUGCUAAUGAAUGUGUUCUUAUAUAAAUGAUGUGCUAAUGAAUGUCCAUCAGCCUC